AAAAAAAAGGCAUAGGACCAGAAAGAGGGAAAACAAAAGAAGAAGUUGAAGAAGAAAAAGGAAAAGAGCUUCUCCAAAAGAAAGCAACAAGGCACAGGCAGGGCUCCCCUCUCCUCUCCCCUUUUCUCCCCUCCCAAUUCAACACAAGAUUCACUCACACCAGCUGUGUUUGUUUCUUUCCUUUUUUCAGUGCCCCCAUUUCCUUUGCUCUGAUCCAAGCCUUUCACUCAAAGCUUCCAGCUUUCCCAAUUGUUUGGUCACUUCAAGAAUCGGGAAUAUGUUCUUGCUGCUGCUCUUGGGCGCGCUCUGAUCCAGCAAUCCAUCCAAGGAGCCAGCCAGGGCCCUCUCUCUUUCUUUCUCUGGCAUUUUGCUGCGGCUGGGUUCUCACCAAGAAAAGGAUUUCGGCCUGAUUUUCUCUCUUCUUUGGGAUCCAAAUUUUGGGCAAGUUCGUCGUCGGCGCUUGUUUUUUCCUUUCCUAUCCGAGACUUGAAUUUGGAAGCCGUGGCGGUCCCGUGAAUUCGGGAUGAUUUCUCGGCCUCUUUGACCCGCCUUUCGUGUCGUUUUGGGGGAUAAUUCUGUCCCAAUUUUGCCAAAUUUGCUUCGAUUCGGGGUCGUUGAGCUCGAGCGCCCCUGUUCUUGAUCCCCUCCGCUCCAUGGGUCUCUGCCAUGGAAAACCCAAGCAAAUCCCGGAGUCCGAGGCGGAGGAGGAGCCCCACGUAGCCUCCGGCGGCGCCGACGCCGUCGACGGUGCCGGGAACGGCGCUGCUUCGCCGGCGCCGGCGGCCGCGGCGGCGAAGCCCGGCACGCCGAAGCAGCCCAAGUUCCCGUUCUACCUGCCGAGCCCGCUCCCGGCGUCGAGCUACAAGAGCUCGCCCGCGAACUCGAGCGUGGCGUCGACGCCUGCGCGCGGCGGGUUCAAGCGGCCGUUCCCGCCGCCGUCGCCGGCGAAGCACAUCCGCGCGCUCCUGGCGCGGCGGCACGGCUCCGUGAAGCCCAACGAGGCGUCCAUCCCCGAGGGCGGCGAGCCGGAGCUGGGCCUGGACAAGAGCUUCGGCUUCUCGAAGCACUUCUUCGUCAAGUACGAGCUCGGCGAGGAGGUCGGCCGCGGCCACUUCGGCUACACCUGCGCCGCCAAGGCCAAGAAGGGCGAGCACAAGGGCCAGGACGUCGCCGUCAAGGUCAUCCCCAAGGCCAAGAUGACAACUGCUAUAGCCAUUGAAGAUGUCAGAAGAGAAGUGAGGAUAUUGAGUUCUCUGACAGGCCACAGCAACCUAGUACAGUUCUAUGAUGCUUUUGAAGAUGAAGAUAAUGUGUAUAUAGUUAUGGAGUUGUGUAAAGGAGGUGAGCUACUUGAUAAGAUAUUGGCGAGAGGUGGAAAGUAUUCUGAAGAAGAUGCAAAGGUUGUUAUGCUGCAAAUUUUGAGUGUUGUAUCAUUUUGCCAUCUUCAAGGUGUUGUUCAUCGGGAUCUGAAACCAGAGAAUUUCCUAUUCUCAUCAAAGGAUGAAAACUCUGCCUUGAAGGUCAUAGACUUUGGCUUGUCUGACUUUGUAAAGCCAGACGAGAGACUUAAUGACAUCGUUGGAAGCGCAUAUUAUGUUGCUCCUGAGGUUCUUCAUCGAUCUUAUGGCACGGAAGGAGAUAUGUGGAGCAUUGGAGUAAUUGCCUACAUUUUACUUUGUGGGAGCCGACCUUUCUGGGCACGGACUGAAUCAGGAAUAUUCCGAGCUGUCCUGAAGGCAGAUCCAAGUUUCGACGAGCCCCCAUGGCCUACCAUGUCUGCUGAAGCCAAAGACUUUGUGAAAAGGCUGCUUAAUAAGGAUUACCGCAAGAGGAUGACUGCUGCACAAGCUCUCAGUCAUCCAUGGAUCCGUAAUGCUCAACAAGUGAAGAUUCCUUUAGAUAUGAUAAUCUACAAGCUUAUGAGAGCUUAUAUCAGUUCAUCUUCAUUGCGGAAGUCUGCUUUGAGGGCCCUAGCUAAGACACUGACAGCAAACCAACUCUUCUAUCUAAAGGAGCAGUUUGAAUUGUUGGGGCCAAACAAGAACGGCUAUAUCUCCUUGCAGAAUCUGAAAUCGGCCUUGGUAAAGAACUCUACGGAUGCAAUGAAGGAUUCUAGGGUUAUCGACUUUGUUAACACGGUAUGCACUCUUCAAUACAGAAAACUGGAUUUUGAAGAGUUUGCUGCCUCCGCCAUCAGCGUUUAUCAGAUGGAAGCUCUAGAAACAUGGGAACAGCAUGCGCGCCGUGCAUAUGAAUUAUUCGAUAAGGAGGGCAACCGGCCUAUCGUAAUUGAAGAGCUUGCAUCGGAACUCGGCCUUGGUCCAUCAGUCCCCCUCCAUGUUGUUCUCCAAGACUGGAUCAGGCACGCUGACGGGAAGCUCAGUUUUCUCGGAUUCAUCAAACUUUUGCAUGGAGUUUCUUCCCGAUCGAUCCCGAAAGCCUAAGAUGAAAAUCAUUCUUGCAUCAACCAAGGAGAUAAUUGGUGGCUAAGCCACCACAAAUCUCUUUCUGGGGUUUGUGUGUUUGACUGUUUGAGAUGGCUGGAGGAUGCCGAAAAAUCGAAGAGUAGUCAACAAUGUUGUGUAAGAGGUAAAAAAAAAAAGUUGUUGCUUAUGCCUGCUAGCUACUACUACUGCUACUUGUACCACCCCUCCCCUUGCCACGUGGAUUGACGAUGUUGUACUGAAGAAGCUGUGUAGUCGAAUGAAUGUACAGAUCAGGAUAGGAAAGAAGAAUAUGAAUUGAAAAAGGGCUGUGAAAGGCUUGAGACUGCUGUUUGUCAAUGUCCUUCGUUGUCUCAAAUAAGGUGUUUCGUUGUUUCUUCAA